CAAAAAGGGCUGCCGUCGCUGCAACCUGCACACUUUGAGUCUGCAACCAGACAACGGGGAAGCGCAACAGCAAGUUUAAACUUUCUGCGCAACACAAAGAAACUCACCGAACCGACUCCCAGAAGAACCUCCGAACCUGCGGAAAUGAUUUUCAACAAGUUGAAAAAGUUCCUGGUGGUUUUUGACUCGCCGGAGCUGGACUGCGCCCCGGUGUUCAGCAGCGGGGACGUGGUGUCCGGACGGGUCGUGCUGGAGCUGUUCCGCGAGACCAAGGUGGACUCCCUGAAGCUGCACGCGGAGGGGUUCGCCAAGGUGCACUGGACCGAGUCCCGGUCCGCCGGCUCCAGCACGGCGUACACCCAGAACUACAGCGACGAAGUGGAGUACCUGAACCGGAGAGAGGUGCUGCUGCAGGCAGAUAACGGCGAGCUGACGGUCCUUCCUGCCGGCAGACAUGAGUUCCCGUUCAGCUUCCAGCUGCCAGAGGAGACGCUCGUCACCUCCUUCGAGGGGAAGCAUGGCAGCAUCCGCUACUGGGUCAAAGUGAAGCUGCACAGGCCGUGGUGUCCGGUCAGGAAAAUCAAGAAGGAGUUCACCGUCAUCGAGCCCAUCGACAUCAACACGCCAAGCCUGCUGGCUCCUCAGGCAGGGACGAAGGACAAGCUGGCACGGACGUGGUACCGUAACUUUGGACAGGUGUCCGUAACCGCAAAGAUUGACCGCAAAGGUUACACUCCAGGUGAGGUCAUACCUGUGUUUGCCGAGUUCGACAACGCCACGUCCAGGUCCAUCGUGCCCAAAGCCUUCAUCACCCAGACGCAGACGUUCAUCGCGCGCGGCACGAUGAAGCAGAAGCGGUCGGUAGUGGCCACGCUGUGCGGCGACGUGGUGAGCGCCAGAACCCGGGAGACGUGGCACGGUCGGGCCAUCAAGAUCCCGCCGGUGGGGCCGUCCAUCCAGCAGUGCCGCAUCAUCAAGGUGGAGUACAUGCUGAAGGUUUGCGUCGACGUUCCGGGAACUUCCAAGCUGUGUUUGGAGCUGCCGCUCGUCAUCGGCACCAUCCCGCUGCAUCCCUUCGGCAGCCGCACGUCCAGCAUCAGCAGCCAUUACAGCGUCAACCUGGAGUGGCUGCGCAUGGCCAUCCCGGAGCAGCCCGAGCCUCCUCCAGAGUACAGCUCCGUGGUGACGGAGGAGGAAGCGGAGCAGCGGAACAACGGCGUCGCCCAGCCGGCGGCCGAAGAUCUGAGCGGCAUCAUGGAGCGCCCGCUCAUGGCUUUCCUUCAGGAGUUUCGCUUCCGACCUCCGCCGGUCUACAGCGAGAUCGACCCGAACCCUCAGCCCCCCAAUAUGCGACCGCGCUGCAUGACGUGUUGAACCACGAGCCCCGCCUGAGCAACGAGCUGCGUUACUAGCAAAACGAAUCGAGAGAUUUGUCUUCUUCUGGAUCUAAUCCUCAUUGCUGAACGAGCGCCCGGACCGCGGAGCCGGACGGCAGCGCCACCUGGAGGAGAAGGAGCUCACAGGAACUGAAAAGCUGGCAGACACGAACUGUUCUGCCGACACGGGGAAACGGCUUCUCUGCACCAGUUCCUGUCCUUCACAAGUGAUUUGCUUUUAAAAAAAAUUUACUAAGAUUUUUCCGUCUCUCGAAGAAAGGGGAGACGGAGCGCCUCCCAAUCGACGAUUCCCCUCUUUCUGUGAGACGUAAGGAGUUUGGGACUUGUUGGGUGGUUGAGGAUCACUUGGUAUUUAUCAGGCAGAGUCUUUUUCUGAGCCGAUUGUCGACUCAGUUUGUAACUUUGCCGUUUCCUGGCAGCGGGCGGACGCCAACCCGCAUUGCUGUGCGUUAUUACUGGACCGCAGCGUCUGUUAUGUGAUGUACCUACAGGUGUGAAGGUGGAGCAGAGGAUGACAUGCGUUUGUUCUUGAAUGCAAGAACAAACGGGAAACAUGCGCCUUAAUGAUGUGCAUGAGAGUUUUAGAGGCGUUCUCCUCUCAGAGCGCCUGAAACGAGGCGCCUUCUCUCUAAAGAAGCCAGAAGUGCUUCUUUAGAGAGAGAAAAAAACAAAAUGGUUGAAAUCAGAGAGCAGUUUUUGUGUGGAAAACACUGGAGUGUUUUGGUUUAAGUGGACUGGCAACAGGAAGGCUGUUGCAUUGUUUUUUGUUUUUUGCGAUAAGCGGCGGCGGCAGCCUCGGAGUCAUGCGGACCGAGCGACUCGGUGCUGAGAGGUCGGCCGGUGAAAGCUGCAGACGACACUGAAGCAUUCCACUAAACUGACUGACUUUGAGGAUUUUUUAUUUUAAUUUUCCUCAACUUCCAGAAAAAGUCAGUUUGUAUCAGUUCAGGGUCAAAUGUGCAACAUCAGGGCACACUAGAGGAAAAAUUUAUUUUUAUACAAAAUGUUGUUUUGUCAACUUUUUCUAUUUGUUUUUCCUAAUAAAACAUUUAAAUGAUA